AUGUCGCCCCCGCGGCCGCAGCCGCCGGCGGCGAGCCUGAGCGGCUUCCUCGACGCGCACUUCACCUCCGCGGAGGACCUCCCCGCGGCGCCGGCCCUCUCCGAGCUCCUGCGCCGCGAGUGCGAGGGGCUCGAGGCGUCCGUCCGCCGCCUCGAGGCGCAGCUCGCGUCCUCGUCCGCCUCCUGGCUCGCCCGCUCCGGCGAGGCCCGCUCGGGCCUCCGCCGCAUCCGCUCCCAAGGAGAAGACAUGGCUGCCAGGAACGACGGGGAAGCGUCCUCCGCUCCGGGUGUGGAGCUUCCGGCGAUCGUGCGGGAGAUCCAGCGGAUUGACACCAUUCGGCUCUACGCGGAAGCUACUCUACAGUUGGAAGCUUUGGUUGGUAACCUAGAAGAUGCAACAUUUUCCAUCGUUAGACAGGCCUCGAAGUUGAACCUGUCAUCAGUACUUCGACGGGCAUCAAAUGGCAUGGAACAGAAGCAAGAAAAGUUGCUCCGGGCUGUUGAUGCUGUGAGAGAGAUUGAGCAAGAAUUGGUAAAGAUCAGCUUAAGUAGGCCAGAGUGGACAAAGCUUAUAGUGACUGUUGAUUCUAGAGUGGACAAAACUCUAGCCAUUUUGAGGCCUCAGGCACUUACAGACUAUCGUGCUCUACUUGCUGCAUUAGGCUGGCCACCUUCCUUGUCUUCACCGGACAUGGAGAAGGAUAAGUACUCCCAAGUUCCAAAUCCCCUUGUCUUAAUGAACGAGGCAAAUAAGGAGAAGUAUUCUGAAAGCUUUUUAGCAUUGUGUGCUCUGCAACAUGUGCAAGCCAACCGUGAAGUGCGGCAGUGCAAAAUGCCAGCGGCAACUCCUGGCCUGUCAGAUUCUAAGUAUUUUGAUAAAACUGCAUGCUUUGACAAUGGACUUUGGGCAAUUGAUGAAUUGGUUCACCCUAUUGUGUCCAGGAUGGAGUAUCAUUUUUCUAAAUGGUCUGAACAGCCAGAGUUCAUAUUUGCUCUUGUUUACAAGAUAGCAAAGGAUUUUAUGGAUGGAGUGGAUGAUAUAUUGCAGCCUUUGAUUGACCAAGCAAGACUUGUGGGCUUAAGUGCCAAAGAAUCUUGGGUAACUGGAAUGGUAAAAAUACUUAUAGGAUACCUUGAGACGCAAAUCUUCCCAGCCCUUGUUACUUCUUAUCAUAGAAGUGAUGACAAACUUGAAGUACAUUCAUCUUGGCUGCAUUUGAAUGACCAGAUGAUUGCUUUUGAUAAAAGAAUGCAGCUCCUUGCAGAUUCAGGAAUUCAGAAAAUUGCAUUUAUUUCUGAAGGGCUCUCUAGGUCAUUAUCUGUCUUUUCAAUAUACAGUGGACAUUCUGAUUGGCUUCAGAUAUGGGCUGAUAUAGAGGUUAAUUCCGCACAGGAUAAGCUCAAAUCUGAAAUGGAAAAUGAGACAACUUGGUUAUAUUCUAUUAAUCCUCAGGAUGAGGUUGGUGACCAGGAAAGCACUACUAAAUUUCUUCUUUCUACAAGAGAAGACUACAAAGCUCCACCUGUUUCUGAAUUUGUUGUCAAAAGUGCAUCGACGAUGAUUGAUAGAAGUCAAGCUCUGCCAAAUAAAGGGAUGAAGAUCCAGUAUACCAGAUCCACUUCAGUCCAGUUCUUGAAUGACUUCUUCGUUGUCUUGCAUGAGCGAUGUGAGGCAUUGCAAUUGUCAAAUACAGCUUUGGAAGAUGAGUCUUUAUUGAGAGCUUCCUAUGCAAUUAAUGCUGCUAGAUAUUGCGAAUGCGUUCUUCGGGAAUGGGAUGAAGAUACCACCUUCUUGGACAUGGCUGGGCAUAGGGAUGAAAACAAAGAACAGAUUCACAAGCGCAGUCCCCAGCAUCGAUGUUCUUUCUUUGCAGAUGAAAUUGCCUUCUUGGUUAAACUAGGGACCAAUUUUCUGGAACAAAUCAUGUCCUCCAUCCUGAUUGAGUUUGAAGAUCUAUCCUGGGACUAUGUACAGAACAUUGGAUCUUCAAAUGAACAGAACCAAUCAGAUGAUCAGGUUCUUGAUGAAGAAAACCUAGAGGCGUCACCUGGAUUUGUUGCCAGUCUAGAUGUUCUGAGAGAGCGAAUCACGAAACUGAAGAUAUACCUCAACUCGAAGGAUUUCCUUGAUAUAUGGAGGAGUAUAGCAGAAGGUCUCGACUACUUCAUUUACAGCAGCAUACGGUGGGGUGAAGUGAAGUUCUCUGGCCCAGGAGUCAUUCAGCUAAGAGUCGAUACGAAAGCCCUUCUUCGCAUCUUUAGGCCCUACUGCUCGAGACCUGAAGCCUUUUUUCCAUUUGUAACCGACUCUCUGAAGCUGCUAAGCAUGAGAGAAACAGAUGUGCAGUACUUUCUAGAAGCACUUAAGAACGGCAAGGACAACGACAAUUGCAUGGGGCGACGUGGAUUGCACCAUGUAGAUGCUAGCCAAGCUGUGAAAGUCUUGAGAAGCAAGAAGAUUGGACGAUAAUCUUUGUCAGUAUAAUGUGAUGCUGAAACCUGAAGUUGACCAGAAGCUGAUUUUUUGCCAUGGUGAUGGAGACUGGCGUCUUAUUUCCAGGAAGCACAAAGUGAACUCAGAAAGCUUGGUGCCUGACUGACUGACUAUCCCCUCUUGCUAUGAAAAAGUUGUAGUCAACUGAAGGCUGAAACUUUGCUUGUAUAGCACGAUGCUCAAACCUGUAAUUGACCAGAAGCUGAUCUUUUGCCAUGGUGAUGGAGAACGAUGUCUUGUUUCCAGGAAGAACAAUGUGAACUCAAAAAGCUUGGUGACUAACGGAAACUGCACUUGGCAGUGUGCGUUUCAGGAUUAACCAGUCCUGCUUCCUGCUUUCUAGAAUUAUUCAGGAAACUUGGUAAAUUUCAAUUGUUGACGAAACAGGCAAGUAUCCCUACUUGCUACAGAUUGACAUCUGGAAAGGACAAAAUGCACCAUCCUCUGA